GUUUUGAUUACUAGGGUUUUAGAAGCCAUCACCGUCAUCACACUGCACUCAAAAUGUCUAGCUCCAUGCUCACGCUAUCAAGAAGACUCCAUCGCUCUUUGCUCCGAACCUCUAACGCAUAUCAUCGCCACUUCUCCACCGAUCACCUCUUUGAAGCCGACAACGCCGAUUCGCCCGCUCCCUCCGCCGACGCCGACGCCGCGCAAGGCGAGCGAGUCUUCGUCGAUCGCCCCCUCGAGGAUGGCCUCGACAGCGGCAUUUACAGGGCCAUAUUAGUAGGAAAAGCGGGACAGGUGCCGUUCCAGAAGAAGCUGAAGAGCGGCACCGUCGUCACUCUCCUCUCCCUCGGCACCGGUGGGAUUCGCAACAACCGGAGGCCGCUCGACAACGAGAACCCCAAGGACUACGCCAAUCGCUCCGCCAUUCAGUGGCACCGUGUCUCCAUUUAUCCCCAGAGAUUGGGAAACCUUGUUGUCAAACACAUUGGUCCCGGGUCAAUGCUCUAUGUGGAGGGGAACCUCGAGACCAAAGUUUUCACCGAUCCGAUAUCCGGCCUUGCCCGCCGAAUUCGAGAAGUUGCUGUUCGGCGAAAUGGUCGCGUUGUAUUUUUAGGUGAAGGUGGUGAUGCCGAGCAACCAACACAGCAAAAUGACCUGAAAGCUGUUGGCUAUUACUGACGUAGUUGCUUGAAAUGGGAACGUUGGAUUUAGUUAACAAAGCCUGUGUUUGCUUUCACAUUUCAAACGUGAAAAAUCACGUUUAACGUGGAAGCUACAACGUGUAGCUUUCACGUUAAACGUGAUUUUUCACAUUUGAAACGUGAAAGCAAACACGCGCAAAGGAGAAUUUUCAAUUUUGUAAUGAUAUUCUGAUUUUUUACCACAAAGUUGGAAUUAUUACAGACAUUUGUUGUGAGGGAAACACUUGGUUCGAGCGAUCUUGAACUUUCUGUCCAAUUCAGAUUAAGGGAAUAUAGAGCUCAACCUUCCUGCUUAUGUAUGGUGGUAAAAUUGUGGUAAUGCAAGUAUUUCUAUUUCUCUUUGGCUUUAAA